AUGAGGCAUGGUGAAAGUAUCGCAUACUACCUAGUUCUAGCCCUUCUUUCAUUAGCCAUCUUCGUCUUCAUCCUCUUAGUUAUCUUCAUCAUAUGGAAGAACAAGAAGAACGCAAACUCAAAUGAGACAGUCCACAAUCAAAGAUCCGAUGAAGAAAGUCCUUCCAUCAAGCUUUGCGCAUCACCAUACACGUUAGUAGAAAUCGAUGUUGCCACAGAUGGAUUCAACGAAAGAAGAAUCAUUGGUAAAGGCAGGUUAGGAACUGUUUACGCAGCAGUGUUAGCAGGAGGUGAAUUAGUCGCAGUCAAACGAAUCCACCCUCGUUUUGUUCUAAGAAAUUGUGGUUCAGGGUUAGGGUUUUCUUCCAUUUUAAAAUGGCUAUCUUUAGCUAAUCACCCUAAUGUGUUAUCCAUAUUAGGGUUUUCUGAAGGUCCUGGAGAAAGAAUCGUUGUAAUGGAGUUCAUGGGCAUGAUGAGUUUGGACUUCUACCUCCAUCAAAACCUUGAUGGUGCAUCGUUAUUGGACUGGGGUAGACGGUUAAGAGUUGCAGCCGGUGUGGCUCGUGGAUUAGAGUAUUUGCAUGAAUUGGUGGCACCAUCUAUAGUGCAUGGUUGUGUCAAGCCUUCAAAUAUCUUAAUAGAUGUGAAGUUUAGUGCCAAGAUUUGUGAUUAUGGUCUAUCUUUUUUAGCACCCAAUGAGAAAGAAGGGAUUGUGGGGUAUGUGGAUCAAGAAUAUUGGCUUGAACCAAGGGGUGGUUCUAAAGAAAGUGAUGUGUACGGUUUAGGGGUGGUUUUGUUAGAGUUGUUGAGUGGUAGGAGAAGUGAAGGGGGGUUGAUUGUAAAGUGGGGUUUGCCAUUGAUUAAAGAAAUGAAAAUGGGUGAGCUUUUAGACCCAAGAUUAAUGGUUCCUAGUGACAUUAAGCCUCUUGUUAGAUUGGCUAAAGUGGCCAGUGCUUGUGUGGGCAACUCUAGGAAGAACAGGCCUUUGAUUGUUCAAGUGGUGGCUAUUUUGAAUGAUUUACAAGAAGAAGCCGUGCUAUUGAGUAAUGGGUCAUUCUAG